UACUUGGGCCUCUUCGCAGGAGGGCCCUUUUUCUUUGGUGCUUUCUUUUCUUCUUGAGCUUUUCUUUUCGCUGCUGUUGGUUCUGAUCGAACUGUCUUGUCGACUGAGAAAAACAGAUCGAUUCGACCCUGUGUAGCGGAUCCCCGCCCUUUUUUGAUCUUUUCGAUUGCAGACCGUACUCGAUCUUCA